AUGACGUACCCACCGCCGUGGACAAUCCCCCACCCCCGACCCCCCCUGCCGGACCAGGAGGCUUCUUCAAGCACGACCUUCCACGGAGAGCGGUACAGGCCUGGCCUGGCCCCUGGGACCUGCAGCCUGGGCGCCUUGGACACCCGGCAGUUUCUGGUGUUGGCUUGGGGAGGCCGGGGCGAUCCCAACAGGCCCCUCUCCCCAGGAGGCACUGCCCUGAGGACCGUCUUGGCCCCUGGGCAUGUCCCCAUUCCCUUUCUUCCCUUCCUUCUCCUGCGGGUCCCUCUCAGACCCCCGAGAGCCAUUGUCCUAGGAAGGGGCCAGAGGAGGGCCCCAGCUUCCCCUUCAGGCGCCAAGGAGAGAAGCCCCGUCAUUAGGAGGCAGGAGGUGACCCCCUUUCCUUCAGCCUCUUCCAGACUAAGGCAGUCCCCAGGGCUUCUUGUCCCCACACACGAAUGA